UGCUUCGUAAUGUAACCCAGGGAGUUUCUCCAGAACUCUGUGCCUUUAAGAAACUCCAGACAGUGCUGCUGGUAUUAUCUAGUUCAUACAGAGAGGUCCGCCUCUCGACUGUGGAUCGCUCCGAUUGACAGCGAGCAUUGAUCCGCUUUCUCGCUCUGCUCCUGCUACCAAAAAAAAAAAAAAAAAAAAAAACAGCCGAGAAACAUGGAAUAAAGUCAAGGAUUCGCAGUAAACACGCCCGCCGACCUUUUUUUUUUUGUUUUGUUUUUCACCUGGAACUUUAUCACCCGUCUCCUAUCCAAGUUCCGAGCUCAGAGCGGGGCGUGAGGACUCUCCUACCCCGCCGACAGCGCCGCAAUGGCCGGGGCGCGCCCGGGAGUUCAUGCGCUCCAACUGAAACCUGUCUCUGUCCACGAAAUCCUGAAAAAAGGCAGCAAGUUUAUACAAUGGGACGAGGAGCCAGUGGUUCGGAAUUUGGUCACAUUGCGGGUUGACCCACAAGGAUUCUUCCUGUACUGGACCGGAGCAAACAUGGAAGUUGACCUGCUGGAUAUUAGCUACAUCAGAGAUACCAGAACCGGGAAGUUUGCAAAAGUGCCCAAGGAUCCGAAGCUGCGGGAUGUGCUGGGUUUUGGGAACCAGGAGCACGUGGAGAGCAAGCUGAUCACCGUGGUGCAUGGGACUGACCUUGUCAACCUCACCUUCCUCAACUUCCAAGCGGUGCAGGAGGACACGGCCAAGAUCUGGACGGAGGAACUCUUCAAACUGGCGACCAACAUCCUGGCCCAAAAUGCAUCCCGGGACGUGUUCCUGAUGAAAGCGUACACAAAGUUGAAACUGCAAUUGAAUCAGGACAUGAGGAUCCCAGUUAAGAAUAUCCUGAAGAUGUUCUCUGAUAAGAAGCGAGUGGAGAUCGCUCUCGAGUCCUGUGGUCUCAAUUACAACAGGACCGAGUCGAUCAAGCCGGACGACUUUACCUGGGAAAUCUUUCAGAAGUUUCUCGGCAAGAUGUGCCUUCGACCCGACAUUGACAAGAUCCUGCUCGAGCUGGGCGCGAAAGGGAAGCCGUACCUGGGAAUAGAGCAGCUGACGGACUUCAUCAACCUGAAGCAGCGAGACUCGCGCCUCAACGAGGUUCUGUACCCCCCGCUGAAGAAGGACCAGGUCAGGCAGCUCAUCGAGAAGUACGAGCCCAACAAGAACUUCAUGGAGCGCGAUCAGAUCUCCGUGGAGGGGUUCAGCUGCUACCUGGGUGGAGACGAGAACUGCAUUGUCCCUCCAGAGAAGCUGGAUAACUGUGAUGACAUGACCCAGCCCCUCAGCCACUACUUCAUCAACUCCUCACACAACACCUACCUCACAGCGGGUCAGCUGACCGGGCUGUCCUCGGUGGAGAUGUACCGGCAGGUCCUCCUCACCGGGUGUCGCUGUAUCGAACUCGACUGCUGGAAGGGCCGUCCGAACGACGAGGAGCCUUUCAUCACGCACGGAUUCACCAUGACAACAGAGAUCCCCUUCAAGGAAGUGAUCGAAGCCAUAGCAGAAAGCGCCUUCAAGACUUCCCCGUACCCCGUCAUUCUUUCGUUUGAAAACCAUGUUGAUUCAUCGAAGCAGCAGGUGAAGAUGGCAGAGUACUGCAGGACGAUUUUCGGAGAGGCGCUUCUAAUCGAGCCCCUGGAGAAGUACCCUCUGGUCCCAGGCCAAGCCCUGCCCUCUCCCCAGGACCUGCUGGGAAAGAUCCUGAUCAAGAACAAGAAGAAGCACCCGCACAAAGGGUCCCAGGGGAGCAUCAAGAGACGCUUGGCAGAGCAAAGCUCCAACACGUACAGCGACACCUCCAGCAUCUUCGAACAGCCUCUGCCCAACAACGGAUGUCCGCUGCAGGACACGGCAGAGACGGGACAGCUGUUGUCCAACGGGGAAGAGAAGAUGGCCGAAAGGCUGGCUAAGGAAGGACAGCCCAGGAAAUCCAUCGAUCGAGAGGUGGAGAGCGAGGAGGAGGAAGAGGAGGAGCAGCCAGACCUCAAGAAACCCACGACUGACGAGGGCACGGCGAGCAGCGAAGUUAACGCGACAGAAGAAAUGUCAAACUUGGUCAACUACAUCGAACCUGUCAAGUUCAAAUCCUUCGAAGUAGCCAGCAAACGGAAUAAGUUCUUUGAGAUGUCCUCUUUUGUGGAGACGAAGGGUUUGGAGCAGCUAACCAAGUGUCCCAUGGAAUUCGUAGAGUACAACAAGAAGCAGCUGAGCCGAAUCUACCCCAAAGGAACUCGGGUCGACUCUUCAAACUACCUCCCCCAGCUCUUCUGGAAUGCAGGCUGUCAGAUGGCAGCCCUGAACUUCCAGACCCUGGACCUGGCGAUGCAGCUCAACAUGGGGUUCUUUGAGUACAAUGGGAGGAGUGGUUACGUCCUGAAGCCGGAGUUCAUGAGACGCACGGACAAGCACUUCGACCCGUUCACUGAGAACAUCGUGGACGGGAUCGUCGCCAACACGGUCAAGAUCAAGAUUAUUUCAGGACAGUUUCUGUCGGAUAAGAAGGUCGGAGUCCACGUGGAAGUGGACAUGUUCGGACUCCCGGUGGACACCAAGCGGAAAUUCAGAACCAAGACGUCCGCCAAUGGGAACUCUCUGAACCCAGUCUGGGACUAAGACCUUACUCAUGUCAGCAAGAACGUUGUCCUUCCCACUCUGGCCUCUCUCCGGAUCGCCGUGUUUGAGGAGAACGGGAAAUUCAUCGGGCAUCGGAUCAUGCAGGUGUCGGCGAUUCGACCAGGUUACCACUACAUCUGCCUGAAGAAUGAGCUGAACCAGCCCCUGAUGCUUCCAACCCUGCUGGUGUAUACCGAAGCCAAGGACUAUAUUCCAGACGAACACCAGGAAUACGCAGAUGCGCUUUCCAACCCCAUCAAACACGUCAACCUGAGAGAGAAGCAGCUGGCCGCCCUGAUGGGAGAGUGUGAGAGGAACCUGGAGAACGAAGAGCAAACCCCCGAGAGAGCCGAGCCCGACCACCGAACCGAGGAGCAGACGAGGAGCGAGCCCACGCAGAACCCCCUGCAGGAAACGUUCCACCAAGCCGUCGCCAACCCGCUGAGCGACAGAAACAUCGGCAGCCCAGUUCAACAUGAUGACCUUAUCUCCAGAGUUUUGACAGAGGUCCAGGCUCAGUCGAUAGAGGUCCUCCGGCAGCAGAAGGGCUUCCUGAAGCUGCAGAGGAAGCAGUACAAGGAGCUGAAGGAGCUGAAGAGGAAGCACAUGAAGAAGAUCUCGAAGCUGAACAAAGAGCAGAACGCCCGAAUCAGCCAGCUGAACUCCGAGAGCAUGCGUCGCAAAUCGCAGGUGGAGAAGAACCUGAAGAGAAGCGUCAAGAAAAACACGGACGAGUCUUCAGCAGCUAUGGAAAUGGAGCUGAGCAACCUGGAGGCUGAGGUCUCUCAGAAGCACAUCGAGCUGAAGGAGUGGCAGAUGAAGGAGCUGCUUGAGGUCAGGGAGAACCAGUUCCAGCUGGAAGGGAAGAAGAAGCUGGAGCACUUCAAACAGGCUCAACAGAAGCUGAAAGACACGGCGAUGGACUGCCAGGCUGUGCAGCUGAAGAAACUCAAAGAGAUCUGUGAGAAGGAGAAGAAGGAACUGAAGAAGAUGCUAGAUCGGAAGAGACAAAACAGCAUCUCGGAAGCCAAGAGCCGAGAUCGACAGAAAGCAGAAGCAGAACUUAAUGAGAUCAACCGCAAGCACAUCAACGAAUCGGUCACCUUGAUCCGGCGCCUGGACGUGGCACAGAAGAAACGACACGACAGACUGCUGCUGAAACAUACGGAGAUCCUGCACCAGAUCUCGGAGGAGCAGCCGCUGCUCCUGGCUUGCAUGGAGAAAGAGUCCGACACCGAGUUCCGACAGCUCCCGCAGGAGAUAAGAAAAUUCCUUCAAGGGGAACUCGACGCCCAAAUGCAUCAGGCGGACAAUGGGCGUGCCAACACCGACAGCUCCGGCCCGCCGUCCAAUCAGAGCACGCCGUCCAAUCAGAGCACUCGGGAUUGGCUCAGCGAGAGGAGCCUGGACAAUAGCACCGCCUCUCUGGCAGAAGAGGACUGUCUCGGAGUCCCAGCGGCUUCCGAGGGACAGGUGUCUGUUUUAUAACAGUAGACAAGAGACAGAGUUUUUCUUUAUAAAGUGAGCGGACUUGUGAGGAGCGAGAGAAACGACGGGAUACACUGGUGUUUUUACAGGCAAUGCUUUUAAUUAUUAUUAUUUAUUAUUAUUAUUAUUUUUUUUUUUU